ACGUCAGAUUGUAUCAACAAAUCGAGUGUACAGCUUAAACCCCCCGUCUGAUUACUUUUGACAGAUAAAAUAUACAAACUGGCUUUAUUCCAGUACAUCGAAGUUGCAUCAUAUACCUUCAGACAGGCCUUGAAUAGGCCGCGACUUCUCUCAGCAUAUAUGGCACCCAGACGCUCAGCCAGAAUCAGCUCGUUGGCCGACCAGAAACCAUUAGAAGCGGCAACUGCAAUUUCCAAGGUCAACAAGAGCAGCAAAAGCAAGAAUAAAGCCAGCAAAGAAAAUGGCAUAACCAAGGAACAGAAGGAAUCGCCAACUAGAAAGGCUCAAAAGAAGACGAAAAAAGAGGCUGCUGCUUCCGCUGCAGAAAAGGCCUUGACCACACCGCAAACACCACCAAGAAAACAGAAAGGUGUCACUUCAGUAGCAGACAAUCACAAUCUCAGACUAACUCCGCCUCCUUCACGACUAGACCGUCCCGUCGAACCUCACAGGACAAAUGCUACUCUAGUCACACCAAGAGGAAGUUCAGUCGUCGCCUAUCCAUCUCUUGAAGACACCUCACCCAGCAAAACAGGUCUUCCACGACCUAUUGCAACAACAGGAAACUUGCUGGAAAAGGCACUUGAGCAUCUGACCAGCGUCGAUGCCCGACUCAAACCUCUCAUCGAGCAGCAUCAUUGCCGAAUCUUCUCGCCGGAAGGACUUGCAGAGCAAAUUGACCCCUUUGACAGUCUGAUUAGUAGUAUAAUGGCCCAACAAGUCUCCGGCGCAGCGGCAAAGUCAAUUAAGAAUAAAUUCCUGGAUUUAUUUGACAGCAGCAAGGACGUCCAGACGGACGCAGAAGGGAAAAGACGCUUUCCAACCCCAGCUCAAGUAGCGAAAUUAGACAUCCCAACUCUCCGCACAGCUGGUCUCUCGCAACGCAAAGCAGAAUACGUCCAGGGUCUAGCGGAGAAAUUCGCUAGCGGCGAACUAUCAACCCAGAAACUACUGCGAGCCUCUGAUGAGGAGGUCAUGGAGAUGCUCAUUGCUGUGCGAGGAUUGGGCCGUUGGUCUGUCGAAAUGUUUUCGUGUUUUGCGUUGAAGAGGACGGACGUCUUUUCGACGGGGGAUUUGGGUGUGCAACGAGGCUGUGCCGCAUUCGUCGGCAAAGACGUGAAUAAACUCAAAGCCAAGGGAGGGAAAUUCAAAUACAUGUCUGAAAGCGACAUGUUGGAACUAGCUGAGAAGUUCCGUCCAUAUAGGAGUCUUUUCAUGUGGUAUAUGUGGAGGGUGGAGGAGGUAGAUGUUGCGGUAUUGAAUGCUUGAUAUACAGACCAUUACCAGAGAAUAUGUAUAUGAGAUUAUGCCGUGUUGUAUGUUGAUUUGUAUAAAGUAGUUAGGGAACACGUGCUGUGUAUCAUCUAACAAAGGAAAUAAGAAGGUUGAUUCUUUGUACAGCUAUUGAGUACACAAGUCGUAGAAGACGACUAAAAGAAGAAACGUCUGGUUAUCACAUCUCCAUCCCCACAAGAAUCACGACCACUAUAGCAUGCAAGAUCAAAUACGAUAAUCGAAUCUGCAGACAACACUCUAUAUUGUUUUUGUCAUCCCACCCUUGUCGUUGGUUUAUUUUCGCUUCACGAUCAAGUUGUCCAGAUCCUCGCGUUCUUGGGCUUCCUUCUGGAGUUCGCGGAUGAUGGGGCUGAGGUAUUCGACGUCCUGGGGUAGAUGUGUGGUUAGUUGUCGGUCUACAUGCAAUACCAUCUUCAGUGGUCAUGAUGUAAAGCGAGCUGAAAGAAUCUUAUAUCAUAGGUAUUGGUAUGAUC